AUGACAAACGAUCAGAAUGGGGAUGCAGAGGACAAAGGGCCUAUUCCUCGUCUAGAAACCAACUGGAAGACCCUUUUCAGCUUCACAUCACGAAAGCAUUUACCAAUUCUCCUUGCUGGGUCGAUCUUCGCUCUGUUCGCGGGCUGUGUGACCCCCAUCCUGGCAGUCCUUUUAGGAAACGUGUUUGACGCCUUUACAUCAUACGGAGCUGGACAGGCUGAUGCGAUUACAUUACGCUCAAAGAUUGCGACAAACUGCCUAGGAAUGGUAGGGUUAGGAGCUGCCGGUUGGUUCCUGAAUGGCGCAUAUUUCAUGAUCUUUGUUGCUUUUGGGGAGUUUCAGGCUGCGAGCAUUCGUCAAAAGGUCUUCGUGGAGCUACUGAAACGAGAUAUCAAAUGGUUCGAGGCGCAACGAGAAGGAUCUGGGGCAUUUUUGUCGGGUGUUCAAGCGAAUAUCCAUGACCUGCAGAUGGCUACCUCUCAACCUCUUGGUCUUCUCUUACAAUAUGCAUGUCGGUCAUUGGCUUCAUUGACCUUGGCCUUGGUGGUCUCCUGGAGACUUUCUCUCGUUACCCUUGCGGGAAUUCCCAUAUUCUCUGCUCUCAUCGCCUACCUCUCCACUCGAAUGAAUCCCAGUAUCUCAGCACAACAAACCGAACUGACCUAUGCCUCCAAAAUCGCAAACAAUGCCAUUUCGUCCAUUGACACGGUCAAAUUUCUGAACAGUCAAGCUUUCGAGUGGCAAAGCUUCGUAAGUCGGAUUGAACAGUCUGCGAUUCACUAUCUUCGACAAGCGCGAUUAAACUCUUUCCAAAUCGCACUCAUCCGGUGGAUGAUGUUUGGGAUGUUUGUACAGGGCUUUUGGUACGGCAGUAGUCUUGCACGCGCUGGACUCUUAUCAUCAGGCGACGUCAUCACAACGUUCUGGGCCUGUACAACUGCAGCUCAGUCAAUCGAGCAGGUUCUUCCACAAAUGAUUGUCAUGGAGAAGGGGAAAGUUGCAAGCGCAAUACUCAGGAACCUGAUGCGAAAAUCUGUAGAGGAUGACUUCCACAGUGAAAUCAAAGGCACUGUCUAUCCUCGCCGCUGCGAUGGUGACGUUGAGGUCAAUGAUGUGUCGUUUCACUAUCCGUCACAGCCAGAAACGUGUGUUUUGAAUCCCUCCACAUUCUUCUUCCCCGCGGGAGACACAACAUUUGUGAUAGGGAAGAGUGGAUCAGGUAAAAGCACUCUCGGUCAGUUGAUCAUGCGGUUUUAUUCCCCAACAGUGGGAGAAAUUCUCAUCGAUGGACACAAAAUUGAAUCACUGGACAUUUCCUGGCUCCGAAACAAUGUCACUCUUCUUGAACAGAAGUCCGUUCUGUUUAAUGAUUCAGUCCUGCAGAAUAUCAAGUUUGGGUGUCAAGCUUCUGAGACAAUCUCCAAGGCGGAUAUCGAAGAGUCAAUUGAACUAGCAAUGCUGGGAAACAUGAUAGAAGGUUUACCGAGAGGGAUUGAUACUUCCGUUGGCCCUGGUGGAAGCUUUCUAAGUGGAGGUCAACGACAAAGAAUGGCAAUUGCUAGAGCCAAGCUGCGCGAUACACCAAUACUCAUUCUGGAUGAGCCAACCAGCUCCUUGGACCAUACUAACCGUAAAGCCGUCAUGAAAGCAAUACGUCAAUGGCGCAAAGGCAAAACAACAAUCAUCAUCACCCAUGACAUGUCUCAAAUUCUAGAAGGCGAUUAUGUUUACAUUCUGGAGCAUGGAUCUAUCAUGUAUUCUGGGUUUAGGGAAGAACUUGACAAUCGCACGGGGUGCGAGAAAUACUUCCCUCCAGCUAUGAGACUUGACCUCGAAAAGGGGAAUUUAGAGACUGAAAGUGGUAAAAAGAAGCACAGUUCAUCGGGCGUAUCUACUCUUGGCAGCCUGCGUAUGCCUAAAAGAGCUCGUCAUAGUCGGAAUUCGUCAUGGGCUCAACAUCACCUUCCGCCCGGGUUUCGAUCAAGCACAUAUGAGUUGGCUGUCCAGAGGCAUUCCCACCACGCAAACCUUCUUCCGGUUGACAUGGAUCAAACAGAAGAACCGCAAUCUAUGUCGCAUCUUCCUUUUAGCAGUUCAACUCCAGAUCUCACUUCACACAUGUCACCUACAUACGGUGGGAUGAUAGGAAAGGACAUUGAGAUGGUCGAAAUCAGCAGCCCAAGGACAGAAAUGGGCAUCCCAGGGCAAUGUGUCUCCCCAAACCCCAUACAAUACCUCAGUCCAAAAUAUGCGAAACGAAUCAGCCGUAAACGCAAAUCAUGGAAAACAAAGGAGCAGAAGAAAGAUGCCCCUCCCUCUUUGGCUCGUGUAAUGUGCACAGUCGUGCCAAGUCUGAAUGAAAAGCAACGUCUUAUUCUUCUUGUGGGAGUCCUUUCGGCAUUAGCUCAUGCAAGUGCAACACCGGUAUUUUCAUACUGCCUUUCGCAAUUGAUCGGAACUUUCUAUGCGGGCAAGGAUAGCGCAAAUCUAGCCAGAAAAUGGUCUCUCGCUGUUUUGGGUGUAUCCUGUGGAGACGGUCUGUCCUCGUAUUUCAUGCACUAUUUCCUGGAAUUAUGUGCCGAGGCAUGGCUUGACACGCUUCGCGGGAAAGCAUUCAAACGCAUUCUUGAGCAGCCAAAAGCAUGGUUUGAAAUGGAUGGCCAUGGUUCAUCUAGGCUUGCAUCUUACCUUGACCAGAAUGGGGAAGACAUGCGUAAUCUACUGGGUCGCUUUGCUGGCUUUGUCAUAGUUGCAGCUGCCAUCAUGAUCAUGGCGGUUAUUUGGAGCUUGGCAGUUUGCUGGAAGCUGACUGUGGUGGCUCUUGCGACUGGUCCGUUCAUUUAUGCCAUCACCCGCGGAGUUGAGGGUACCAAUGGCGUAUGGGAGAGGAGAUGCAAUGAAGCAAACAGCGUCGCAAUAGACAUUUUUACUGAGACGUUCUCGGAGAUUCGAACUGUUCGAUCAUUGACACUUGAGAGGUAUUUUCAAACCAAGCACGUCGACGUGGUGACCAGAUGUCUGAAAAUAGGGCUGAAACGUGCCAUCUAUACCGGCUUGCUAUUUGGUAUGGUGGAGUCAACGGUCAUAUUUGCAUGUGCUCUAAUUUUCUAUUAUGGAGCCGUUCUCGCCACCACUCAAUUCGCAGUAGAUAAUGUAGUUCAAGUAUUCUCCCUGCUGCUUUUCAGUAUUGGUUACGCAGCGCAGAUUCUAUCGUGGAUUCCUCAGAUCAACACAUCAAGGGAUAUAGCCACACGUCUUCUUGAACUCUUAAAUCUUCCCAAGUUUGGAUCACAUGAGCACCGCGGCUCCCUAGUCAUCUCCAAUCUGACGCCAAUCAAGCUGACCAAUGUUUUUUUCCGAUAUCCCUCAAGACCAGACACUGUGGUUCUAAAAGAUGUUUCAAUGGAAGUCUCACAGAACACCUGCACAGCCAUCGUGGGUCGAUCCGGAUCAGGCAAGUCAACCAUUGCCUCGUUGUUGUUAGCAUUAUAUGCCGUUCCAGAAUCUCGAUCCAGAGAACCAACGAUUACACUGGGAGGUGAAGACAUCUCACGGCUUCACGUUCCUACACUCCGUUCUCAGAUCGCCAUUGUGUCACAACAACCAACUAUUUUCCCAGGGACCAUCUACGCUAACGUGAGUUAUGGCAUUGAUCUCCAAUCACCGAUGUCUUCAAUAGAAAGCGUCCGUGCCGCGGCAAAAGCAGCCGGGAUUGACGAUUUCAUCACCUCGCUUCCCAGAGGAUACUGGACCGUAAUUGGUGAUGGGGGUAUUGGUCUUUCUGGAGGCCAGAAACAACGCAUAGUUAUCGCCCGAGCUUUGCUUCGCCAUCCUCAGAUCCUUAUUCUAGACGAAGCCACAUCUGGUCUUGAUCCAGCAAGUGCUGAAAUUGUUCGUCAAAUUAUUCAACAUCUAGUGUCUGUGCGUCCAGAUCUGACAGUGAUCAUCAUCACACAUGCCAAGGAAAUGAUUGAGAUAGCAGACCAUGUCAUUGUGGUUGAUCAGGGAGUUGUGGUAGAGGAUGGCUCAUAUCAGGUGCUCGCGCAGCGAGUGGGUGGCAGAUUGUUCGAAUUGAUUAACGAUCCCGAGGACGGGACAUAG